UCGACAACGGAACAACAAAUGCUAGUGUAAAGCGCAAACACUCCCGUCUCACUUAAAAUAGAAGAAACGACAAGACCGUGAUCAGUAAAAUGAGGUUGGUAAUCAUUUUUCCAUUUUUAUUAUCUCUAGUAAAUUGCUGCCAACAUUUCUGGAAUCAAUGGGGAAACUUCUCUUGUAAGGCACCAAUAUACAAAUGUAGAGGAAAUACAUUUUAUAUUAUGAACGGUACAGAAAUGAUAUUUCGUUGGAGUCAUACGAAUAUUAAUUCUUGUAUAUCGAAUGCUGAUAGGUGCCAUAUAUCCAAUAAGCAUUCGUUUGUGGAAAUCUUCAACAAUACGUUAUCUGUCACUUGCAGCGACGAAGAAACUAUCGAUUUUCGUGUGAUUCGUUGUUUAAAUGUUAAACACGUUAAAAAUUUAAAAUUUAUCGAUUGUUACUUUUCGAAAUUUGCAUUCGAAAAAUUCGCUUCGAAUUAUGCCAUCGAAAUAAUCGUCAUAAAAUACACCUUAAAAUCCAAACGUGAAAGGCUGAAAUUCGAAGGUGGAAGGUUGAAACUCGAAAGUGAAAGGUUGAAUUUCGAAAGUGCAUCAUUUAUUAAUAUGUCGUCUCUGAAACACUUAGCAAUUAAAAAUGUAAGAACUUUCGACAUAUUAAAUUUGAGUUUUGACGGCGAUUCUUCUUUGAUUUCCUUGAAAAUUACGGAUUAUAAUUUUACGUCGUUUCUGUACAGACCAUUCCAACAAUUGAAAAAUCUUUCUGAAUUACAAUUGAACGAUGGUAAAUUAAAGUCUUUGCCAGAAGAACUGUUUCAUGGUCUUUAUAAUUUGAAAACCCUGGAUUUAAUUUACAACCUAAUUGAAUUCGUUCACCCUUUCGUCUUUCGACAUCUCACUUUAUUAGAACAGUUAAAUUUGAGUAAUAACAAAAUACAAAGUUUACCUAAAGAACUCUUUGGUGGACUUGAUAAUCUGAAAUCCCUCGAUUUAAAAAACAACUUUAUUGAAUAUCUUCAUCCUUUAGUCUUUCGACAUCUCACUUUAUUGGAACAGUUAAAUUUGGAACAUAACCUAAUGACAAGUUUUCCUAAUGACUUGAUGAAAGGUCUUUCGAACUUAACAAUAUUUUCUAUUUCUGGAAAAUCCUCUCAUUCUAAAUAUUUAUUUUCGAAGGGACCACACAAUGUAACACACCUGCGCUCUGUAUUACUGAAGGGACUCGACAAUCUGACAGAAUUUCGCGCUUCUUAUUUUCCUUCACUUCGAAUCGAAGAAGAUUUCUUUUCCCAUUCCAUGAACUUAAGAAAGGUUGAUUUCAGUUUCAACGAAUUUUUGCAUCUCCCGUCCAAUCUGCUCAAAAAUAACAAAAAUCUACACAUUUUUCUAUGCAGAUGGAACGAAUUAUCGACAGUACCAAACGGUAUUUUCGAUGGACUUUCUAAGCUGAAACAAAUCAGUUUAUGCGGAAAUCGUCUAGAAAACAUUCCAGAAGAUACUUUCCGAGGUUUGUCGAAUCUAGAAGAAGUGGAUUUAUCAUCUAAUCGCUUGACAUUUUUACCUAAAAAUACUUUUCUUCCAACAAGUAAUUUACGAAUACUCGAUCUUUCUGAAAACAAUUUCAGUAAAAUUUCUUUCGAAUUCAACAAUAAACUCGAACGACUUGAUUUGAAAAAUGCGGGUUUGACGGAAUGGCCGAAUUUAAAUUGGACAAAAUACAAUUUGACUUAUGUUUAUGCUCCAUUUAACCAUUUCGAAACUGUCAAAUUGCCGAUUUACACUCCGAACCGCAUGGAGAUGGAUUUGGAUUACUGUCACAUAAAAACCAUUUACAUAGAUGAAUGGAAAUACGGAUUUAAUAGACCCAGUUAUAAAUUAGUUGAAAAUCCAAUAACUUGCGAUGGGGAACUUUUGCAUUUCAUCAGCACCGUUCAAUCGAAUUUAGAAAUUUCAUUACAAAUUUUUCCGGACGUAAUAUACAAGAAUUGUCACGGAGAAGAAAGAAAAUUGUUGGAGUUUACGCAAUUCUACGCCAUUAGAAGCCAUUGUCCAAUGAACUGCGAAUGCUUCUCGGAAAACGACGAACUGAAGGUCGACUGUAAUGGAAAGGAAAUAGAAAAAAUACCCGAAUUUCUGAUCGAAAAUGCGACAAUCGUCGACUUGAGCAAUAAUUACAUAAGUGAAUUGUCGACUGUAGAUUACCGAACGUGGGGCAAAGUCACUCGUCUGCACCUGAGCAACAAUUCUCUAUUGCAUUUUCCGGAUUGUGCCUUUUUGUCAAACGUAAAAUUUCUUUGGUUAGACGGAAACCGAUUAACCGAAUUGCCUUACGGAUUAAUGAACAUGAUCGACGUUUCUGCUGAAUUCACGGUGUACUUGUCGAGAAACAAUUGGACUUGUGAUUGCCUUUCAAGAUUUACUAAAGACUGGUUGCUUCGAAACAAAAGGAAGAUUGCAGAUUUCUCGGAAAUUUCAUGCGAAAGAAAUUCGUCUGUUUUCUCUUUCACCAGUAUUAUUUCUAAUAAUCAAUGCACACAAAUCCCAGAAGAUAAUUUGAUGUCGACAAAAAAUGUUUCUUGUACAAAAAGUGUUUGUUCUGAAGAGGUUUAUAAUUUUGGAUGGAAAAUCGCAGUUGCUGUGUUUGCUUUUCUACUGUUGUUCAGUUGGAUUAUGUUUGCUUCCUUUGUUUAUUGUCGUAAAAAAGAAAUGUCGAGAAAGUGGCAGAGCCCAAGGAAGAAGAAGCGAUUUAUUACAAUGUUUACAACUGAUAAUUUCUGUCAAUUCGAAUGUAUCGAGUUUAAACGCUUUAAUAAAUAA